CUGAUAAAGGAUGCUGGUGAACACUCACCCCAAGCCCAGCCUUGCAACCCAGUGGAGUCAGCCUCCAGCAGUGGUUUAUGCUGACUUGUAGGGCUCCAUCGGAUCUGUCAGAGGGUCCUGUCCUUCGUUGCCAGUGGGAGGAUGGACCGUUUUGGUCUGGCAGGAGCCUGGGUGCUGUUGGCUUUGGUGUCCACCUGCUCCCUGGUCAGAUCUGGGAGCCAGGCACCCCCAGUCAGCCCCACACCCUGCUCCUGGUGUGGCUUGGCUCAGCCACAGGAGCCCAAGCAUCUGGAGAAGGUUUUCCUAGAGGCUGUCAAGAGGCACAUCCUGAAUCGACUGCAGAUGAGGGAGAGACCCAACAUCACCCACCCUGUCCCCAAGGCGGCUCUGGUCACUGCCCUGAGGAAGCUCCACGCUGGGAAGAUGAGGGAAGAUGGUCGUUUGGAGAUCCCCAACUUGGAUGGACAUCCUACCUCCAACUCCAGGGGUCAGGGGCAGGAGCAGAGCACAGAGAUCAUCAGCUUCGCAGAGACAGAUGACCUCGCUUCUCCCACGUCGGGUCUGUACUUCCUGAUUUCCAACGAGGGCAACCCGAACCUCUUCGUCCAGCAAGCCAACCUGUGGCUCUAUCUCAAGCUGCUACCGUCCAACUGGGAGAAGGGCAACAACAACAACAACAACAGCAGCAGCAGCAGCAGGAGGAAAGUGACUGUGCGGAUCCUUUAUCAAGAGGCGGGUGCCAUUGACAAGUGGUCUUGGGUAGAGAAGAGAGUAGAUCUCAAGAGGAGCAGUUGGCACACUUUCCCCUUGACCGGGCCGGUGCAGGAUCACUUUGCCAAGGGGGAACGGAGGCAGAACCUGGAGGUGCGUUGCGACGGCUGCCAGGGUUUGUCGGUCUCCCCCGUGUUGGUGGACAGCAGCGAUCAGUCCCACCGCCCCUUCCUCGCCGUGCAGGCCCUGGAGAUGGAGAGCAGGCACCACAUCCGCAAGCGGGGGCUGGAGUGCGACGGGAGGACGAACCUGUGCUGCCGUCAGCAGUUUUACAUCGACUUCCGACUGAUCAGCUGGAACGACUGGAUCAUAGCGCCGACCGGUUACUUCGGUAACUACUGCGAAGGGAGGUGCCCGGCCUACAUGGCGGGAGCCCCCGGCUCGGCCUCCUCCUUCCACACGGCCGUCGUGAACCAAUACAGGAUGCGAGGCAUGAACCCCGAGGCCAUGCACUCGUGUUGCGUGCCCACCAAACUCAGCACCAUGUCCAUGCUCUACUUCGACGACGAGUACAAUAUCGUGAAGAGAGACGUCCCCAAUAUGAUCGUGGAAGAGUGCGGGUGCACAUGACCGGAGCCCGCCCUCUUAUCUUACCUUACCUUAUCUUA